CGCGGAUAUUCCGGGCCGGGAAUCCGACCUCCCUGCAUUCUGCCUGAGGGAACCAGCAAGGGUCGCACAUCCUCUUCUUUGCUCAACUCCGUCACGAUCAUGGGCGAUUUACAGACGCCCAAUGUUGUUAUAGGCACUGGCCCCCCUACUCGCGAAGAGCUUUUGCUGCACUACCCCGCUAAAUUCACCUGGAAUCAGCUCAAGACAUUCGUCAACUCAGGCGAUCUGGGACUGCUGAAACGCGACAAGCGACUCCAGAAGCGGUACAACGUUUGGAUCGGCGGAGUCAAGGAGAAACAUGGCUCAAUCGUCGAUUAUCUCAUGAAACACCGUUUGCAAUGGGGCAAACCCGAUACACUCUCACUUCUUGGCUCUGCUAUCACCGACGAGGCUGCGUCCACCGUUCCAGCAUCUCAGCCCAUCGUGGUAGGAGAACUCGCGCCGCUCCCAGCCGAUGCCCCGGUCUACUUUUCUGAGUCCACCCCAUCUGAAUACAUUAGCAUCAUCCAGAACGACUGGCCUUAUUCAGUCCCUGUAGAGGUGGAACACACCCUGGUGUGGACACGGAUACCCAUCUUCCAUCCGACUCUCAUUCCCGAAUCAAUCAGGGCCCGCAUCGAGCAGGAUGGGCUGUGGGGGUUCACCGGCAACGACGAGCCCCCUCCAUCUCCCUCCACACUCCCAUCAUGCUUACCUUCAUUGGCAGAUUGGGGUGUCACCCUGGAUAAGAUGAUCAUAUCUGCGAAAGGAACAGCAGAAGAGGAAGAAAUGGUGCGACUAGCCGGACAACCCACAGAGAACUUCAUCAAGAAGCGGUGGAUAGAGAUAAAAUGGGCGCUAAUUAUAAUCUCAGAGACUCCAGAGUAUCCCUGGCUUAGCCCACGUCCAUGUGUUCGCACGCAGGAAGUGAUGAAAAGUGCUAGACUAGACAUAAAUCCUCCGCGCUCAGGCGUCAGGCAUGAGACUAUUCUUGAAUUUCAUGGAGGCAACUGUGAACGCAGCUCAAGUCUGACUCUAAGCAGUGUCAUUCGUUACUUACUUUUACUACACGGCUGUUAGUUAGCA